AUGCUCGCAAAGUGCCAAGCUGUUUGCCCGGAUUUCGACGGGACUUUCAAUUAUUUGCCGAUGUUCAAACGCGCUUCCGCGAAAAUCGUCGCCCGGAAUGGAGAAGCUGAAAUCCUAUCGGAAACUAUCAGGGGUCAGCUGUCUUGCUGGGAUGAAGUGGAAACCUUCAUGACUCCCGCCUUUCUUGAGGAAAAUCACAAAGUGAGAAGAGGAACUUGGAGCUGCUUGGCAAAGGAAGGAGGGACCGUCUUCUGCAGAAAUAAAUGCAACGAUAGUGGCGAAGUUCGCGUUACCGCGAAGCUGGAUCAAAGAGGAAUGGACUUUUCGAAGACGAAGCCUUUCAACAAAAGAGCCUGCAUCGAUGAAUAA